AUGGCGUCUAACGGAGUCUCUCAUGCAGUCACCAAUGGCCACUCUGCCGCUGCCAAGUCCAAUGGACUCAACAUCGUCAUCAUUGGGGCUGGUAUAGGCGGUCUCACGGCAGCCAUCUUCCUCCGCAGGCAGGGUCACAGAGUCACCUUGCUGGAGCAAUCUCGCUUUGCCAAUGAGGUCGGAGCGGCGAUGCACCUGGCACCCAACGCCAAUGGAAUCCUCCGCCGACUAGGUAUCCUCGCAGAGACCAUAGGCGCGAAUGUUUUUGAACGGAUUUUAGAGUUCAACGCGUCGAAUGAAGUUGUCCGCGAUGCUGAGCUCGCGGAAGCACACAAGAUCUGGCAGCAUCCAUGGCACUUGGUCCAUCGCGUACGGUUACAUCAGGAGCUCAAGCGACUUGCAACAUCACCAGAAGGACCUGGCACACCCGCGGUGCUCAAAACGUCCAGUCGCGCGGUGGAUGUAGACACAGACACAGCUACCGUCUUCUUGCAAGAUGGCAGCCAAGUUCAGGGCGACUUGGUCGUUGGUGCUGAUGGAGUUCAUUCUCGCUCCCGACAUAAAGUAGUGGGAAAAGAAUGGAAAGCGUACAGUUCAGGCAAGAGUGCUUUCAGGUUCCUCGUCCCCCGUCAAGCUGCUCUCGACGACCCAGAAACCGCCCAUUUCGCACAGCACAACGGCCAACUGAUCAUCUGGUAUGCCGCCGACAGACGUAUUGUGAUGUAUCCAUGCGAUGACAACAAGACGCUCAACUUUGUCUGCAUUCAUCCGCGAGAAGAGAGCGACCCCGGAAGUAAAGAAGAUUGGAACAACGAAACGAGCAUGUCGGUGUUAUUGAGUGUAUACAAGGAUUUCGAUCCUGCCUUGUUGAAGCUCCUCAGCAAAGCCAGCCCAGACUCCCUCAAGGCAUGGGAGCUGCUGGAUAUGGAUGUUCUCCCAACGUGGACCGACAAGAGACUCACUCUUCUUGGCGAUGCUGCUCAUCCCUUUCUCCCUCACCAGGGCCAGGGUGCGGGCGUUGCCAUCGAAGACGCUGCCUCACUUGCAGUUGUUCUACCACUCGGUACCUCCCCAGAGGAGGUCCCUGAGCGACUCCACCUUUACCAGGAAUUUCGGUACGACCGGGCGAACCGGAUCCAAGAGUUCUCCCGCCAGGCAGGAAAGGAUAAACCGGAUAAGGACUUUGACAUGAUGGCGUAUACCAACUUCAACCUGGGCCAUGAUGAAUGGGACAAUUCUACCAAUCGUUUCCGGAAAUGGGACUGGGCUCGGAAGCCUCAUCUCUACUGGAGAAUGCCCGUCUCGUUCGGGCCCUUCCCCGGUCCACGCCAGACCUUCACAGGCGAAGCGAGGAAUGCUACCGCCUCGACAUUCACAACAGCCUCGAUUAAGUUUAAGACCUCCCGAACCCUCUUACAGAAUCUCUUCCCCUCUACUUCUUUUCGAUUCAAGAGUCCUGGAACAGUCGCAUAUGCUAGCUUCUCACAGACCACGCUCAACAAAAUGGAGUGGCUGGGCGGCUCUGGGUAUAGACACAUUGGGCUGUACAUUCACGGCGUGCAGUACGUACAGAAAGACGGUACCGUUCGUGAUGGCACAUUCUUGCCUAUCUUGUGGGAGAGCCUCACAGAUCCGAUUGUCAGUGGUCGCGAAGAGCUCGGAAUGCCAAAGCUGUAUUGCUCCAUCGACGUUUGGAGAAGAGCAAACAGUUACAGAAUCCAGACAGGCUGGCAAGGCGUCAACUUUGGCUCAUUCACUCUAGAAGGUCUUCAAGAGAUAGAUAGUGGCAGCUCCAAGGGGACGAUCGGAGGCGAGGAUGACGAGGGAAUCUUUGCCUACAAGUACAUCCCCAAGGUUGGAGAUCGCGGUAAAGCUGAUGUGGAGCAUGCAACCUUUGUGCCUCACGCAGAAGAGUCCAAAGUCGUUCCUAGUAAGGUGCUGAAGGUCUUUACUGCUGAGAAAGCAAACUUUGAGUUUGAUCCUCAUGAUUGGGAGGCCUUGCCAACGCUCCAUCACGUUGUCUCGAGGUUGGCAGAAGUGCCUGUUUAUGAGAUCUUGGGUGGAAAAGUUGUCGAGGGUGUUGGCGUUCCAGAUGUGUCCAGUGCUCGAAGGAUAGAUUGA